AGCAAGAAUUGCACACUACAAUCUGGCAGCUCUGACCACGAAGAAAGUUUACGCAAACGAUAAAUACGAUUAUGAUUUGCAAGCUAUCCAAAUAGCCGGUCCCGUCGUUCUGAGAAAAAUAAGCGCUUCUUCGUGCAAUCAGCAAUACAACUUACUUCGAUUCAAAUGUCUUCACCAGCACCUAAAUCUCCAGAACUGUCGGACAAGAGCCGAAAAUACGAUCGACAAAUCCGCCUCUGGGGUGAGCACGGACAGACGGUGCUGGAGAAUGCUCAGAUUUGUUUGAUCAACGCUACGGCCUUGGGAACGGAAAUUUUAAAAGGAGUCGUCCUUCCAGGAAUCGGAGGCUUUACUAUUGUUGAUAAUGGGGUCGUCACCGAGGAAGACAUCGGUUGUAAUUUUUUCCUGGAUUCAGCUUCAGUCGGACAACCGAGAGCUAAAAGUGCCACCCAACUGUUGCAAGAACUAAAUCCGGAUGUAAACGGGGACCACGUUGAGGAGAAUAUUGACCAACUAAUAGACAGUCAGCCGGAGUUUUUCAAAAAUUUCGAUGUGGUCGUUGCUACGGCGGUUAACGAGCGUACCACUGUUCGGCUGUCGAAUUUACUUUGGGACCAACAUAUUCCCUUCAUCGUCUGUCGCUCACUGGGAUUUUAUGGAGUAGCUCGGCUGCAAAUUAAAGAACAUUGUAUAGUGGAAUCUCAUCCGGACAGUAGACAGAGCGAUCUUCGCUUGGAGCAUCCUUUCGAAGCACUUAAGCAGCAUAUGGCCGUAACGGAGCUUACCCCGAAGGUGCCCUGGUUGGUGGUGAUGUACAAGUGCCUACAGGAGUGGGUUGGGAUGCAUGAAGGACGCUAUCCGAGCAAUUAUAAGGAGAAAUCGGAACUGAGAGAUCUCAUUCGAUCGAAAAUGACUGCGGAUGAGGAAAAUUAUGAAGAGGCGAUCAAGGCAGUAAACUCGAGUUUUGGAGCCGGAAGACCCAGCUCGGGGAUAAAGGAAAUUUUGGCCGAUGAUUGUUGUGUUAAUGUUAAUAAGGAGAGCAACGCUUUUUGGAUUUUGGCGCGAGCAUUGAAAGAUUUUGUCGAGAAUGAAGGUAAUGGGUUGUUGCCGUUACCUGGUGUUCUACCCGACAUGACAGCAGACACGGCAUCGUAUAUCAAUUUGCAAAAUGUUUAUCGUUCCCAGGCUGUUUACGAUGCGGAGAUUGUUUAUCGCCGAGCUAGGCAGUUGUUAAAAGAGUUGAACAAACCGAACGACCUAAUUAGCGAGAAGGACGUGCGACUUUUUUGCAAGGAAGCAGCGAACAUCGCGAUCAUACGUGGAUCUAAAAUUGCUGACGAGUACGAUAAAGGCUAUAAAGCAACGCAGAUAUCGGUUAGUUUAGAAAUGCCCAGCUCUCUAAUGGGUCAUUACAUAACGUUGCGAGCCGUAGACAAGUUUCAGGCGGAGUACGGCUACUUGCCAGGAGAAUGCCAGGUGGAGGUGGAUACAUCUCGGGUCAAGAGUUUGGUUACGAAAAUGGUCAGCGAGUGGGGUAUUAGCACGCCUAUCAGUGACGACUUGGCUCAUGAAGUUUGCCGUUACGGGGGAGCAGAAAUUCACAGCAUUUCGGCUUUCUUCGGUGGAUGCAUCGCCCACGAACUGAUCAAGUUGAUCACGAAGCAAUACAAGCCAUUCGACAAUACGUUUGUUUACGACGGAACUACGACGCAAACGGAAACUUUUAAACUGUAGGUCAUCAAAUGGCUAUUAAGAUCAGUGUUGUUGCGUAGGUACUUGGAAACAAUAAACUACUCUACAGUAACGCUUAUAUUAUCA